GGUGCCUCGGAUGUACGGUUAGAAAGGGAAAUGGUCGGAUACUUACUGCUUUACUUAACCCGGCAAUAGUUCAGUACAAGAGUUGUUGUUUGUUUGUUUUUGGAUUUUGGUAAAUCUUACACUGUUAUACAGUAGUCUUUGCUCAUCCGUUUGUCGUGACAGCACAAAGCUGGAGUCGCCGCCGGAUACCUUGAAGCGUUAGCUUGUUAGCCACCGAGCUACUCUGUUAGCAGCUUAGGCUUUAGCAUCAACUCUCUUCACACACAUUUAAGAUUCAACUUAAUUUUCCCGAUAUAACUAUACGAGCUCCUGAUUGACCUUCAUAUACGUCGACGCCCAUCACAAUUACUUUAGGCUGAUGAUGAUGGGGAAGGCAGAUGAAGACGAGUACUGGAACAGCUCCAAGUUUAAAGCCUUCACGUUUGACGAUGAAGACGACGAGCUCAGCAGGCUUAAAGAGUCUAAGAAGGCAGUGAACAGCAUCCUGGCAGAGGAAGAGGAUGAUGAAGAUGAUGUGGAGAAGGUCAGCUGGAGUGGAGAGCCUGUUGGAAGUAUUUCCUGGUCUGUCAAAGAGACUGCCUCCAGUCUUUGGUCAGCUGAAGAUCCUAGAGAACAAGGCUUCCCUAAAAUCGAUACAACGCCUUCACUCCCCAAGAAUAGCUCUGGGUACUCUCUCAGUUCACUUUUCAAAGGGAAGACCAAAGGUGGAGGCCUGCAGUCUUUCUCUGAGUCGUUCAGUGACCCAUCUAGCAGACAUUAUGCCCCACAGCUGCGGAAACCAAAAUCUGAAUACAAGGACUACAUCAGUGAUUGGUCCCCUGAGGAGACUGUCAAAAGAAUGCGUCAAGGAAAGACGGUGUCUCUGGAGAGGUUCCGUUCUCUUCAGGAAAAACUGCUGCUGUUGGACGAGGCAGUCACUGCCAACGACGGGAAUGUCAUCACAGCAAUUUUGAUUUAUUUAAAGAAGUCUUUAAAUAAAGAGAUACUGUUCAGGGAGUUGGAGUCCAGAGAGACGGCUCUGAGACAUUUCAUCCAUUAUCUGAAGGAGACAGGGGAACAGAGAGCCCUGCUGGAGCUGCUCAGGGCUCUGGGCAGGAUGGACGACAUGGCGCUGCUGCAGUAUAAAGAACAUCUGAGUAUAAAAGAUGAAAACAAGAGAAGAGACUUCCUAAAAAGCUGCCUGAGUCUCCCGUUUUCUCCAGAGGAUGCAGUUUAUGUCCAGGAUCACUACACCCUGCUGGAGAGACAGAUCAUCAUCGAGGCAGCAGACAGACAGGCAGAGAGCAGGAACCAGGCAGAUGUCUUUAAAAAAUUCCCUCGGAAAGCCUCCAUUCUCAACAUGCCGCUCAUCACCACACUGUACUACUGCUGCUUCUACCACUACACAGAGCAAGAGGGAAGCUACAGUAGUCCAGCCAACAUCCGCAAGACUUUCAGGAUUGCGGAGAAGCAGUAUUUCCUGACGGCUCUGGGGGCGAGAGCCAAGCUGAAGGCAUGGUUUGAUGUGGAUGCUUUAUUCACUUCGAAGAGCUGGCUUGGCUACAGCCGGAAGAAAUCCCCCAUCGCCUUCCACCGGGUGGUGGAGGUCCUGCACAAAAACAACGCCCCGGUCCAGGUCUUACAGGAAUAUGUGACCCUGGUGGACGACACGGAGCUCAAAGUGUCUCUGGCCCAGAAAUAUAAAUGUCACGACGUUGUCAUCCAUGCGUACCGGGAGCUGAAGGACCGACAGCAGUUGUUAGCAUACCGGGGGAAGGUGGAGAGAGGUUCUACAGAGGACAGGAAGAUAGAAGAGCUUCUGAACAACCCUCAAAUCCGAUGGAAAAACUGAAGGUGCAGACAGGUGUUUCAGACGGACAUUUAAAGGUGUCUUCUCAGUGGAUGAAUGGUUUCGUGUGAUUCUGUAACUCUUGCAGCAGUUUGACUGAGAUGAUCUCCUGACAGGACAGCUCAGUGCCAAAACGCCAGGUCUCCUCACUGAGGUGGUGCGUUUGAGUCGUCUCUGCGGUGUGCACGGCAGGUUGAUCUCCACUCCGCUCUCCUCUCCCAUCCCAUUGAAAGGCUGUGUUUUAUGUUCUGCCUUCAAUAUUCCUUGAUCAAUGUAUAGAAAAUAAACAUCAACGUAAAGGAAGUGAGCAGCAUGUAAAUGAGCGACGAUGUAUUUCUGUGUGUGUGAAGACAACCUUGUGAGUAAAUUCAAAGUGCAUUUCACUGUCAUGUAUAAAUGGAAAUGAAGACUGA